CUCCUUUCCUCUUCCUCUCUCUCUCUCAAACCCCCACUCUCUCUCUCUAAAAAUUAAUGCCACAAACAUUACCAAACUUCUCCAGCUCUAUGAAACUCAAGUAUUUUAAACUUGGCUAUCAAUACCUCAUCAACCACAUCCUCACCUUCUUGCUCACUCCCAUCAUCAUCUCCACUCUCAUCCACCACCAACAAAUCCUCAACUCCUUUCUCUCCCUCCAAUUCAAUCCCCUCCAUGUCCUCUCCUCCUCUUUCCUUCUCAUCUUCCUCGCCACCCUCUACUUCAUGUCCAAGCCCCGCGCGGUCUACCUCAUCGACUACGCUUGCUACAAGCCACCGGUGACAUGCCGAGUCCCAUUUGCCACCUUCAUGGAACACUCAAGACUGAUCCUUAAAAACAACCCGAAAAGCGUAGACUUCCAAAUGCGAAUUCUUGAGAGGUCCGGCCUCGGAGAAGAGACUUGCCUCCCUCCUGCCAUUCACUACAUCCCUCCAAACCCUACUAUGCAAGCAGCUAGAGGCGAAGCCGAGGUUGUCAUCUUCAAUGCCAUCGAUUCAUUGAUGACAGAGACCGGUCUUAAGCCGAGAGAAAUCGACAUUCUCAUUGUGAACUGCAGUCUCUUUUCACCAACGCCAUCUUUGUCUGCUAUGGUGGUGAACAAGUACAAGCUCAGAAGCAAUAUAAAGAGCUAUAAUUUGUCCGGUAUGGGCUGUAGUGCAGGGUUGAUAUCAAUUGAUUUAGCUAGACACUUGCUUCAAAUCCAUCCAAAUUCGAAUGCACUUGUUGUUAGUACUGAAAUCAUCACACCCAACUAUUAUCAAGGAAAGGAGAGAGCUAUGUUGCUUCCAAAUUGCUUGUUUCGGAUGGGUGGCGCCGCCAUCCUCUUGUCAAACAAGAGGGGUGAACGGAGGCGAGCCAAGCACCGGUUAGUCCAUGUGGUUCGGACCAAUAAAGGGUCAGAUGACAAGGCCUAUAGGUGUGUGUUCGAGGAUGAAGACAGGGAAGGAAAAGUUGGCAUUUCAUUGUCUAAAGACCUAAUGGUUAUAGCUGGUGAGGCAUUGAAGUCGAAUAUCACCACAAUUGGGCCACUAGUCCUUCCUGCUUCGGAGCAACUCCACUUCCUCUUCACACUCAUCGGCCGGGAAAUCUUUAACCCUAAGUGGAAACCCUACAUUCCUGACUUCAAGCAAGCGUUUGAACACUUCUGCAUCCAUGCGGGCGGGCGGGCGGUGAUCGACGAGCUGCAGAAGAGGCUGCAGCUGUCGGGGGAGCACGUGGAGGCGUCGAGGAUGACGUUGCAUAGGUUUGGGAACACUUCAUCUUCUUCACUGUGGUAUGAGCUGAGCUACAUUGAGGCCAAAGGUAGGAUGAAGAAAGGUGAUUGGGUUUGGCAGAUUGGUUUUGGGAGUGGUUUCAAGUGUAACAGUGCAGUUUGGAUGUGUAAUCGCACCAUUAAGACACCCACUGAUGGGCCUUGGCAUGACUGUAUUGAUAGGUACCCAGUGCCCAUCCCAGAGAUUGUGAAGCUCUAGUCAUUUCACCAGCUAUGCUUCAUUGUUGUUGUUGUUUGGAUAGUGGGAAAAUUUGACCACCCUAACUUUCCCAUACAUAGGUAUUUGACGAUACAUACAUACAUACAUAUAUAUAUAUUGAAGGGGAGGAUAGGGAAAUCAGUUACUGGAGGAUGCUACAAUGACCACUGGUAGCAUUAAUUCUUGGCUUGGUUGCAAUCAGAGAGUGGUCCUAGUAUGUAUUGUGUUGUAAAGAUUCUGAAUGGCAUUUAGUUUCCAAUAUGGUGAGAUUAUCUGAUGUGUAAUAAAUAAAGCUGUAAUUACUUAGAUACCCAUGCAUUUAGUAUUUUAAUGAGUUACUAGUAUUUUAUAACA